UAUGUAUUUUUUCCUUCUUUUGGUUAAAGGGAAAAGAAAGAAAGGAAAAACUGGCCGAAAGCCAUCAAUCAUCUGUGUGUUCAUGGGAGAGGAGGAGGCGGUAACGGUGCGGUCAUCUUCUUCAGCUCCAGCUAUAGACUCCUCCAAUAUUGGGUUUCAGCGUAGGCUAGAGCCUAUUCAAGCUUACUUGAAGGACAACAAACGCGGCAUAGGAGCAGAUACUUCAACAAAUAAAUUCUUGCCGGUUUCUGAAAUUUCAGAUUCUAGUCGACGAAAGUAUGAAAAGGAGGAAGAAGGUAUGGGAAACGGCAUGAUGUCUUCAAGUUGUUCAUCAACAGCCAUCAAUUCCUCCAAUAUAGGCUUUCAGCUUUUGAAGAAACAUGGUUGGAAAGAAGGAACUGGUCUUGGGAUUUCUGAGCAGGGAAGGUUAGAGCCUGUACAGACUUACUUAAAGAAUAAUAAACGGGGCCUGGGAGCAGAAAAGUUAAAGAAGGCGCUAAAGCCCCCUGAUUCUACUGCCUUGAAUAAAAAAAAUGACCAGGAGGGGCAAUCAAGAAAAGGCAAGGGACUCUCCAAGAAGAUGAAGAAGAUGCAGGAGUUAGAGAAAAAUUUGCAGGAGAGAGAAUUUGAGCGUGCCUUUUUCAGGGAGUUUUGGCCAGAUAACGUUUAAUGGAAAAAAUGCAUAAUCUCUACUCAUUAUGUCUUAAACACACCCCUUGCUUUUCAUAUUUUAGGUUUUGUACGGGGUUUUGUCUGUAAGCCAGCGAAAACAUCAAUGCUAAAUUCAAUUUGCCAUUUUAA